AUGCACCAACGACAGUCCGCCAGGUCAACCCUACUUUUCACCAUUCUGCUCGCUGCAACUAGCGCAUCAGCAACAGCAGCUAGUCCAAGCAAAAGGACGGAAUGCAUCACCUCCCGCCCCUCUGAGCUCAUAUCUGUUGCGGCAUGCGGCCACAAGGAGACCCUUCGCCAAUGCUUCUCCAACCCGGACCAUUACGGCUGGGGAGUCAACGCUCAGGCCCAGGACCUGAAAGUCUGCUUCCUCAACGCUGGCUGCACCCCAGAGGCCGCGCAGAUAGAGGCAGAAUGGACCAUCCGCCGAUGCGAUGAGGGUCACAGAGACCUCCGCAAGCGCCGGGAUCCGCAAGAGCCGAUAUCUCCGCCCGCGGUCCCGAUUGCCGCCCGGAUGUAUGACUCGCUGGCACCCACACCGACGCCCACCGCAUACGUUGACGCCCGCAGUGAUGGCAUGUUCGCCAAACGACAGGACCAACCGCCUCAACCCACUGCACAGCCGCAGCUGUUGGGUGGUUUUAUGCUCUUCGAAUGCUACAGCACGGCGACGACCAGGCAGGAGGUGUGCACGAUGGCCCCGGGUAGUAGCCGACAGGAGUGUGCCGAAGCCGACGUGCCAUACUACAAGUGCAUAGACGGCAAGAUCUGCCGUCCGGACGACAAGGGACUCCCGGGCUGCGUGGAUGCUACCGAGAAGAUCACGACGUCCGGUUUCGUCGUGGCCGGCAUCCUGGGCAUCACCAUUGUUGUGGCCACAAUCACCAUCUGCACCUGCUGCAUCCGCGACCGCAACGCCAGCAGGCGGCUGCGCAAGGCCAGCGAGCUGGCCGCCGUGCAGCGCCAGGCCCUCGCCAAUGCUACCAAGCCGAGGCCGACCAUAGAUGUGCGCACCGUAAGCAGCAGCAGUGAGCCGCUGAUGGGUGGUGGUGGUGGUGCUGCUGCUGCUGAUGGUGUCGCGCAGACUGAAGGUGCUGCAUACGUUUCGCCACACCCAGGGGCACAGCACGACCCAUUUUCUGAGAGCGUGCCAUACCACGACCGUAGAUGA